AUGGCUCUCCUUGGCUUCUUUGCUCUCGCUCUAUUCAUCGGAUCUAUCACCUCCUCCAAAGUGCAAUUGUUGAGCACGAAGAAUGCCUUGGCCUACGCCAAUUCCGUGUCAGAAGCCAGUUCCCCAGCCUAUGCCAUCGAUGAGGAAGUGAGUGACGACCAGCCGACCUGCUUUUACUCGCAUAUAGGCCAAUACGAUCCCGAUGGCUUCAGCUGGCUUGUUAUUGACCUUGGCGUGGUUACGUGGAACAUCACGGAGACUUACCUCGUUCUCAAUUCUAGCACUACA